AAAUUUUAUGUCAGUUUACCUGAUAAAGUAUGUUCUGUGUCAUUCCCCACAGAUGAUGUUUUUAUUUCUCAAUAUGCUACUGGCCAGAAAGAGGCUUUGAGAGCAGUGUUAAAGCAAAAAACUCAGAAUACUCCUGUACUUAAGGAGGUGAAGGUACAGCUCUUAGGAAAUGCCUCCACAGAAAAAAAGGAAAGUGUUGGUCAUGAUACGAGGUCAAUACACAGGGAAGUUGAUUCUGCAACAACCAUUGCCGCAGCAACUGCUGCUGCCAUUGCUACUGCAGCUCCACUUCUUAAAGUUCAAAAUGAUUUGGAAGCAAAAGUUAACUCAGUUUCAGCAUUACUUCAUAAACUACAGGAGACAGACAGACAACUUCAGCGUGUUGCUGAAGAGCAAACAAAUACGAAGACUCAAUGUGAGAAGCCCCACUGUCACGAAAGAGUCAGUGAGCUUGAAAAACAAAUGAAUGCUUUCAUGGCUCAACGGAUUCAGCAUCUGGAAAAAUUACAGGAGCAACAAAUGAAUAUUCAGUCUCAUCUCAUUAGCUCUGCAGUCAACAUGCAUGGCUUACAGCAAAUUCAUGGACCUUCCUCCAGUCUCAUGACAAAACAGUCUGAGAAGCCAGAACAACGAUUGCUUGCUAAUGAAGUAUCUUCAUGUCAGAGGGGUUUAUUUCCUACCAGUGGUCCGCUUGCCCACGGUGAAGGGACCCUUCUUGAGCAUAUUCUGAAUUCUCAAGAAAUUCCACUGGGGCAAAUUGAGCCUUCCAAGAAGGCAGCAUUAAACAGUAAUAAAAUGAGCGGGCCUUCUGACAGAGACAGGCGUACUGCUUUACACACAGAGUCAUUCCCUGCUUUCGAAAGCUCCUUCCAAAACUGCAAUUCAAUUGAGAAAACGGUGAAAAAAGCAGAUGAUUUACUUCAGGAUCUUAGCCAGUUGAGAAGAGAAAUGCAUGAUAUGCUACAGGAAGCAGAUUUGUGGAAAUCAGACAUGAAUGAUCUUAUUAAGAAAAAAAAGCCUACUGUUGCACCUGAUCUUCCUGAACAUCAUCUGCUCAAUAAAACAUCCAUCCUUCAAAAUGUUAAAGUGCCAAAAUCUAUACUGAGGGAUGCUGAAAUGAUUUUGAGAGGAGUUCAAAACAAUAAAAAAGUUCUUGAAGAAAAUUUGGAAGCUGUUAUUCACGCGAAAGAUGGAGAUGCCAUGUAUACUUUUAUUAACGCCUUGACUACAAACAGAGAUGUAUUGGAAGAGAUUCGUAUCAGAAAGACUGUGGAUGAGUGGAUUAAGACAAUCAGUGUAGAAAUACAGGCUGAAAUGGCAAGAAACGAUUUGGAACAAGUGAAAUAUGAUCAAAAGGUCCCAUGGAUCAAGAGAGCCCAAAACAUCAAGGCUAUGAAGACCAAUAAAGAAAUUAAAGCAAAAACUCAAAAAAUCCAAGGAUGCUCGACAAAGAAGCCUUUAUCUGCAGCUAAGCCAUUGCAGAAGCAAGCAGAAGAUAACACAAGCAAACAGAGGUUUAGAACUUACUUUUCUUCUGAAAGUUUGCAGAGGAAAGAAAAAAAGGCAGAUGAACCUGUGAAUGGAAGUGCAAUUGUACAAAAUGAAGACUAUCUGUGUCAAGUGUAUGGGAAACCAAUUUACCAGGGCCAUCGUAGCACGCUUAAAAAAGCACCGUAUCUGAGAUUCAACUCUCCCUCUCCCAAAUCUAAACUUCAAAGACCCAAGGUGAUAGAGUGUGUCAGAGGUACAAAGGUAAAGUCAGCAAGAACACAGACCUGUUCUCACACACAGAAGGUGGUCACCAGCCCUAGAAAACAGCAUCCUUUAUAUGUAGUUUCCCAAGAAAAUCAGUAUCUUUUUAGUCCAAGUCAAGAUGUGCCUGCUGUCUGUGGUCCACUUGAAGGUCACCUAAUUCCUAUGGCUAUUCCACUAGGUCAAACCCAGAUUAGUGACAUCUCACUGCAGCCUGCUGGAGUAGUUAUAGGUAAACCACACCCUGUUACAGUUACAACCUCUCUUCCUCAAGUGCUACCAAAACCACCGGUUGAGGUUAAAAAACCCAACAUAGCUGUAAUAGAGAUGAGAUCAGAGAAGAAGGAUCCACCUCAACUGUCUGUGCAGGUGUUACCAAAUGUAGAUAUUGACAGUAUUUCAAGUGACAGCGUGAGUGUAAAUCGCGUUCUUCCAGGCUCCGAACCUGAACUUCCUCCUGUCGAUGCUGUAAUACAGACACCAGAAGAUGUACAUAGUGAGGAGGAAGACACAAAGUUUCCAGGAACUAAUUUCAUUAAUGUUACUGAUGUCAUGCAGGAUCAGGAAGAGGAGAGGGAUGAAAUUCCAGAAUUCUUUGAGCCUCUUGUGGAGCUUAAUGGACAGUUUAAAGUUGCCUCGCCAAAAUACAAUGGUCCUUUAUUUCCUCCAGUGGCUUCUGCUCUGCAGCAGACUUCUGAUGUUUUGGAUGAACUGAUUCAAAGGAGAGAAACUGUAGAAAACAGGUUGAUAAAUUGGGUGGAACAAGAAAUAAUGGCAAAAAUUAUCAGUGGGAUGCACCCAGUUCAGAAAGAAAUAGUGCCCGGUGUUAGCACCUCAGAGAGUGAAGACACUGAGACUGUAGCCUCUGACAUUGUUGAAGUUGCAGGUGGUGGAGGAUUUCAACUCUUUAUCAAUGCUGGUGUGCCCGUGGACUCAGAAAUGAUAGGCCAUUUCAUAAAUGAAGCUCUCAGUGAGACAAUUGCAACCAUGCUGGGUAACAAGCAGUCUCAGAAGGCAGUUCCUGCUACAGACAUUCUUCCAAGUACAACGAAGAUGAUGGAGUCUCUUGUGCCUACUCCAUUGCCAACACCCCAGGCCACACCACCACAAACACCACCUUCAGAAAAAGAAUUGCCUCCAGUCAAAACUCCAGAGUCUUCUCUAUCUCUUACAGAAAUGAGUGGGAAUGUUCAUGAACAUGAGAAAAUUAAAGAAACAGGAGUUGAGAUUCCAGCUGCCACCAGCCGUGUUGGCACACCUGUGGUUACCCCUGUCAAUACACCUCCUAGAACAACCACACCAAGCCCUUCUGCCUCAGAAUGGGUCUCCGAAGCUGCAAAAAUGGAAAGUCCAAAGCCUCCAAACCCAUGGGAUGAUGCAGAACUUCCUCUGGAAGAAGAGAAACCCAGUCCUUUAACUGAAGAACCAUUCCAUCCCAAGGCUGUUGAGAUGUCAGUGGCUAAUGAUGAGGAACCAGAGGCCUUGAUUUUACCAUCUCAGCAGUCAUCAGCAAGGCCCUUCAAACUGCUUCCUUGCGAUCCACAGGUUCCAUCACCUGUGCCUACAGUUAGUUCUGGGCAGUCCACGCAGGAAAGCAGCCUUACCCUCACAGAAACAGAAAGUGCAGACAGACCAAUCUCAGAAGGGGAGGUACUCUUCAGCUAUGGUCAGAUGCUGGCUCCAAGAGAAGGAGGACUGUCUUUUCCAAACCUCGCUGAUAGCUUAACCGGCACUUUACAAGAUGCCAAUGAAAUGGAUUAUGAUCCUCCCAGUGAAGGUCAAGUGGUGAGAAGACUGGAUAAAGGCUAUCACAGGGAUCCUGUCCUGACUCUUUUAGCCAAGUUAAAUCAAGCACCUGUUGCUGUGCAAGAAGGAAUGUAUCAUUUGGAGGAUUCUGAUGAUAGUGUUGGGGAGCUCAGUGAAGGUCAAAGACCAAGGCUGACCAGAGCAGCAGAGAGAAUCCUAAUGGGACAUUCAGUUUGUAUGGACCAUCCAACUGCUCAGACUUUUGGGAACAGACCACACCAGGGCUUCCGUUCUUCAUCACCAGGGCAGCUUGCCCAAAUUGCAGAAAUUCUUGGAGAUGCAGAUACAAGUCGUGGUCCAAUGCUUAUGUCCGAACUGGAAUCGCAACCCGUUUCAAAUCCUGUUCUGCAAGCAGCCCAACCAAGCUGCAGAGCAACAUCUCUCUCAGAGGAUCUGUCCCAGGAGGAAAGCCGAGGAGCUGCACAGGUUCAGACUGUGAGACCCCGAGUUAUUAAUGUGAGAAGGAAGUCUGAAGAGAUGCAACAAGAAGUUGCCUUUACUGAGAUAGCAAGGGACAAUGAGUACUUUCCUGAAAAUGGAGAAGCCUUUGAGAGGCAGGACCAGUUAGGUAUUUUUUCAGAGUUUAAAAG